AGCUCCCACUGCAAUACCAUGGCGAUGCCUCGCAACCUUUCCUCUCGUCUCCUAUGCAUCCUCCUGAUGGUUGCAGCUGCCGUGGCAGCGACGGGUGCAGGAUGCGUGCCGGCGAUGCCGAGGCCUGGCUCUGAGGCGCGGCAGGUUCCAAACCCACAGGUGCUUGGCCCGCUACGGAAAUUGCAGCAGCUUCCAAACCCGCAGCCACUACCGAACCCAGACCCAAACCCACGGCCACUGCCAGGGCCGCUGCCAAACCCGAACCCGCAGCCUGAUCCAAUGCCACAACCUUUGCCUAAGCCAGACCCAAACCCGCAGCCGCAACCCAUGCCCAAACCAGACCCAAACCCGCAGCCUCUGCCCAAGCCAGACCCAAACCCACAGCCGAAGCCACUACCGCAGCCAGACCCAAACCCGCAGCCUCUCCCACAGCCACUGCCGGACCCAAACCCACAGCCUCUCCCACAGCCACUGCCACAGCCGGACCAAAACCCGCAGCCUCUCCCACAACCACUGCCAGACCCAAACCUGCCAUCGGUGCCAUCACGAGUGGUCCCAAGCUCAAAUCCGCAGGUACUACCAUUGCCAGAUUCAAACACGCCCGGACGACAAUCCAACACACUGCAGGGGUCACAACCGCUUGGAAAUGGCGCAUCGCGAGCUUUAUAUUCGUGUGGCGCAAUUUACAAGCACAUAUCUUUCGUGGGUUUACUACUUUACUAUUUCGUUUAGAUUAGGUGAUACAUAUAUUUUUGUAAAUAAACGUGCCAUGUCUCCAGAUUUGUAUGUACCAUAUUGAUUGGUGGUUAGUUGUGUGAUGUAUUGAGUCAGCGAGACAUGUGAGAUGACCUCUUUGUAUGUAUUAUGCUAUUGGUAUAUUAGUAUACACGCAAUACCUUUUCAUAUA